GAUUUCUUAAAUGGUUACUUCUUGACCAAUGCCGAGCGUAUCCGGAACGACCCCGACCAUGUUGUUCUGCAUGUUCCAAAGGAUGGGCCCCUUUCAGCUGAGAUGGUGGAGCAGCAUUGGCGCCUGGCUUUGGAAUUCUUCGCUUCAUCGCCUGGCUGCGUUGUCCCGAAUCUCAAGGUGGUGCAGGAGUCACUGAUUUGCUGUGCAAAGAGGUAUGGAAUCUUUGUCAAGGCCAAGGGCUAUGGUCGCACGUUGAAGGAUUGGGCUCGGCAUGAGGCUCCGCACAUCCGAACCCUCUUGACGCACACCUUGACUCUGUGCACCCGCAGCAAAUCAUCCCGCUCGCCUCAGAUCCGCAUGCUGAAGGAGAUGUUGCAUAUGCUCCUGGCCAAAUCAGGAAUGGCUCCAGAGGUUGGUAUCGAAGCAGCAUUGAAGGCAGCUGCCCAGCAGGAUGAUGCAGAUGAAGUUUCAACACCAUCGUCUAGUUCUGCGUCCCCACCAUCAGUUGCCAAACCUGUUGUUCCCAUACGCCGACGCCGAUGCAAAGCUCCCCAGGUGAAUAUGGAUGAGUUGGAGACACAGCUGGAGGCAACCAUGGAUGCAAUGAUGGAAGCACGACAGGACGAACCGACGGAUGAUUCUAAGAGACAGGCCUUGAAGGAAACGAAGCCAAUUUCCGUCACACCACCUGAGAUGCCAGAUGUUCCUGACCACACCAUGGAGCUGAAGGAGAGUGAGACAGACACCGAUGCAUACAAGGCACAGUUGCUUCAACAGAAAGCGACCAGGGUUGAAUCGGCAAAGGCAUUGGUGAGCAAGGCCAACAGUGACAACAAAGUCAAGAAGACCCAGGUCAAGACUGGCAAGGGUCGGGGCCGGGGGAGGGGCCGGGGAAAGGCAGCCAAAGAGAUUUCGGAUGACCAGCCCCAAGAAGUAGCAGUACGUGAUGAUAAUGCUGGUGAUAAACCCGUACCUGAUGAUAUCGAUGUUUCUCAUCCGGGGGAAGCCAUCGAUGGAGAGAAGAGUGAUGAAGAGAAUGGAGGGGGUGAUGAUGGAAAAAAGGACAAGAAGACAUACAAGAGAAAGGUGUUCACACCCGAUGAGUUAGAUGCCAUGUGGCAGCAACGUGUUGAGGAGUUCAAGACUGCAGGCAUCAGCAUUCCGACCGACUUUGAUCCCAAGACCCGCAAAUCCUUCACCCUGUCGCCCCCGGAAGCUGCAGGGCAUUGUGGAACGCUGGGUAUUCUGUGGAGCAUCGACCAGGUGUACGUCAACAAGAUGAUCAAUUCGGAUCCAACGGUGAAGAAGAAUGCCAGGGAUAUAGACAUGCUGGAGCUCUUUAGCGGAGAAGGCACCUAUGGCAUUGAUUGUCGGAGCUUUGACAUCCUGAAGAACCCUAUGCACGACCUCACGGAGCCUCAAGGCUUUUUCAUAGCCCUCACCAAGGUCCUUCGGGUACGGCGCAAUGGAGUGAUAUGGGGAGGUAAUCCUUGCUCUAGUUGGAUUUGGAUUUCUGCACAUACUACGAAGAGACGGAGUUCCAUGGGGGUGAUGGGCGACGAGUCAGUUCCUUCAGUGGCCAUUGCAAAUUGCCUUGCGGCCAGAUUUGCACUCAUAGCUAUGGUAGCUGUCAUUCAAGGAUUAUGGUGGUGUGUGGAGCAGCCAAGCUCCAGUCUUCUCCCUGAAUGCCCAUAUAUGGCGCAUAUCAUGACCAACAUGAUGCCUGCGUUUUCCUGUCGAACCUGGCUUGGUGCUUUUCAACACUGGUGUGCUAAACCAACAUUGCUUUUUGGGUCGUGGCCGUCGUUGGGCGACUUAGUUGCUAAAAUGUCGAAGGAGCAAAUGCGAGCCUUGCAAUCAACUUCGUGUGGCAUGUAUAGCAAGGCAAAAAGGGCUGAUGGCUCAACACAAGCUGCUCAAGCAGCGAUAGCUCAGGGAGAACGUCGCCAGCAGCUCGUGUGCUCUGUGCUUGGUGUGUCUAAUGGGACUUCAUCUGGGGUCAAAAGGGACAGGAAAGAGAUGACCGUUACCACCUCUACGCAUGUGACGCCAGAUGUUCCAAAGAAGCACUGCGAAGGGGAUGUGACACCACGUGCAUUGAGCUUUGGGGAUGCUAUGUCUCCUCCUGAAUCCGAUCAUGUUGCAACAGCACCCAGUGCAGUUAGCAUCCCGCCCCAGCCAGAGCCUCCAGCGCCUCCAUCAGUUGAAGCACCUGUGACCUCGCCUCACCCUGCUGUGGCCACACCUGUGCCACCAAGCCCCGCCACAGGAGCCCCGGCUGUCAUGCGAUCCUCUGGUGAAACACCGCAUCCACUGGCAGAGCUUGCUGCACCACCUCCUCCAACCCCUGUGAGCCCACCUGAGCCAGCAAGCACCCCAGCAUCUGGUCCGAUUCCUCCCACACCAGCCACAGCAAAGGCAACUGGUACACCCAGCAACAACAUUGCACCAGGAGCCCAGCAGGUUGAGUUGGACCCUGAAGCAGAACGUGCACGAUACAUGAGGUUUACACGACGAUCGGUGUCCAAGAAGGCACCAGCCGAGAUUACGUUGAAGUUCCGUGAAGCCGCAAAGGCACCUCAACUAUAUGUAUGGGACCUUCACCAAGUACAUAAGGACCUUUACCCAAAAACAUAUGUACAUAAAUUCAAUCUCACUAGGGUGACCCUUUUGGGAGGUACCUACCACCAUCCUAUCACCAAUACGUAUAUUUUUCUGUUGCCAACUGGAGUGUGUACCAUGUGGAUGAUACAUCACAUAUGUGGUAGGAUACAAAACACAUAUGCGUCUAGGUAA